AUGUACCGCAAUCAUUAUAAUCUGGACGUCUGGACGCACCCCAUCCCUCUCAUCUUUCUCGUCGAGCCAACAAAUGGAACGAUUCAAGCCGUCCUCCAGCUGCUCCUUGGCAUGUCAGGGCUCCCGAAUCUUCGAGAUCCUCCCAAGUUUCGUCCGAUCCUUCAAGAUGCCAUUCUUCGGACGGGCAUUCUCAAAUCCGUCAAGACAGCCAAGUUGGAUAUUAUAGAAAUCGAUCCAGAGGUUCUUCAACUGGAUCUAGAAAUCGAACUUUCGGAAGACCUACAGAACGCCUCCUAUCUCAAUCGAUCCGUAUUUCCUGAUUUUUCUGAGAUGAUGGACUCGGCGACUUCGGAUCUUCCAUCUUCAACUCCCCCACCAAUGGUAUCAAUCAAAACCGUGAUGAUGACAGAGAAGGAGCAAAAAGAUCGGUUGCUGGACACGGAACGUGUCGCCGAGGUUGAGGAAAUGCAACGAGAAGUUGGCAAAACAGAUCCUGCACUUCCAACAACUCCAUCUCAGCAAGCUACAUCUCCAAAUCCACACCGUACUUCCAAGUCCGUAAAAAUAGAGCCGAUGGACGAAGCCGAAAAUGACGAAGCACAACUCUUGAGAAAAAUGCAACGCUUUUUUCCAGAACGUGUCGCUGAGAUUACGAAAAUGCAAAGAGAAGUAAUGGAAGUAAUGAAGAGUUCAGGAUUUGAUGAAAUGGACACUGCGGGACGAUUCUCUGCUCCACAUAACCCAAAAGGUCCUGCAUUUGCCACUUGUCGAGAUCCGUUGAUAUCCAUAAAACAGGAGCCAGUAGCCGAACCAGUGACGGAGGAAGACCAAGAAACUCGACUCUUGGAAAAAAUGCGGUCCUGCUGUCCCGCUCGAGUUGAGGAGAUUAUGAGGAUGCAACGAGAGAAUCGAGAAAGAAAGGAAGCAAUAGAGGUACAGAAGGUUUCAGGAUGUGGAGCCCUGGCGCGGAAUUCCGGCGAUCAGGAAAUGAACAAGUUGUCCGGACAAAGUCUCCUGGACCCAAACAAGGAAGGCACAAUGCUGAGUCGGUCAUCAAGAAUACACUCGGAGCGAUGUGAUAGAAGGCCGAGAUACGCGAUUUCUCCUCCGAGGACACAGAAGGAAGUGGAGAGAAGCAGGAUCAGCUUCCGUGAGCGUCGACGAGAGUCGUAUCAUCGGGAUCGUCGGGAGGCUAGAGGAUCGAGCCAGUACAGCAGGGAUCGGUCCACACAGACCAGAAGAAACAAGUCAUUCGAAAACUCCUCAAAGAGUUCAAGAAAAAUAACGUACGUUGGGACCGUUUUCGAAAUUCUUGGAACCGGUGGUCCGAAGAUGGGACCGUUCUUCACGGAGAGGGCCGAAUUUUCCAGAAAUUCGAUGCCAUUAACCAACACCGACCAAGUCUUGGAUCGUGUCCGAAUUCGUCUUGUCCAGCUGAUCGCCUCACUUCCAGCGUCCGCUGAUGGAUACCUCAUCCCACUUCGCCACCAAAUCCAACAAGCUCUCAUGACCCAACAACACCACCAACAUCUUCAAGUGCAACAAAUGCACCAUAUUCAACACCUGCAACAGGCAUUAAUAGGACAUACGAUGACCAUGGGGGUUCCAGUGUACCAUAUGGUGGACAUGGUGCCCAUACAUCAGAUUGAGAAACUUCAGCAGAUUCAGCAGUGGCAACAGCACGCUCACGCCCACAGCGGAUUCAUCGGUCAGCAGCAACAAUUGGCAUUCCAACAACAACAAUACUUCCUCCAAAUGGCCAACAAGCAAAUGAAACAAGUCCCAAACCCUGACAAAAAUCCAAUGAUUAGCCAUCCAUCUGACACCACUGGCUCCGGAUCGGGCUCCCAAGAAGAAGACGACAUUCAGAUUUUGCCAAAACCAGUGAAAAUCCGAAAAAUCAAGGUGGAGGAUGCCUAA